AUGACAUGACAGGUGACAGAAGUGUAAAAGGUUCUUGUAAUUGACGCCUGCGCUUCGAAUUUUAAGGUUCAGUUCUUCUUUAGCGAAUAGUUUAGUGGAGCACAAUGUCUGCCCACAAAACAUUUAUUAUCAAGCGGAAACUUGCCAAAAAGUUGAAACAAAAUAGACCAAUUCCACAAUGGGUUCGAAUGAGGACAGGGAACACAAUCAGAUAUAACGCUAAGAGACGUCAUUGGCGCAGAACCAAGCUUAAGUUGUAAUAAGUUAUUUCUUAUGAUUUAUUAUAAUUUAAUAAAUAAGUAAAAACCUUCAAAACUUU